UUUUUUUUUUCCUCCUCGGGAGGGUGUCGCCACCUGGAUUGCCAAGUGUGAGGGGUCCGGGAGGCGGGGACCGGAGCACCGUGACCCGCCAUGGCUCAAGCGGCUAAACAGCUGAAGAAAAUCAAAGACAUCGAGGCGCAGGCCCUCCAGGAGCAGAAGGAGAAGGAGGAAUCCAACAGGAAGCGGAGGAACCGCUCCCGUGACCGAAAGAAGAAGGCCGAUGCGGCUACCAGCUUUCUGAGAGCAGCAAGAUCGGGUAACUUGGACAAAGCUUUGGAUCACCUGCGGAAUGGAGUAGACAUUAACACCUGUAACCAGAAUGGGCUGAACGGCUUGCACCUGGCCUCUAAAGAAGGCCAUGUGAAGAUGGUGGUUGAACUUCUGCACAAAGAAAUCAUUCUAGAAACGACAACCAAGAAAGGGAACACAGCUCUGCACAUCGCCGCCCUCGCAGGUCAGGAUGAGGUGGUCCGGGAGCUGGUCAACUAUGGCGCCAAUGUCAACGCCCAGUCGCAGAAAGGCUUUACACCCUUGUACAUGGCAGCACAAGAGAAUCACUUGGAAGUGGUUAAGUUUUUACUGGAAAAUGGAGCUAAUCAGAAUGUAGCCACAGAAGACGGCUUCACUCCUCUAGCCGUGGCUCUGCAGCAGGGCCAUGAGAACGUGGUGGCACACCUCAUCAACUACGGGACAAAGGGCAAGGUGCGCCUCCCUGCCCUGCACAUCGCAGCCCGUAAUGAUGACACCCGGACAGCUGCGGUGCUUCUGCAGAAUGACCCCAACCCGGACGUGCUUUCCAAGACGGGAUUCACCCCCCUCCACAUCGCAGCUCACUACGAGAACCUCAACGUGGCCCAGCUACUCCUCAACAGGGGCGCCAGUGUCAACUUCACGCCACAGAACGGCAUCACGCCACUGCACAUCGCCUCCCGCAGGGGGAACGUGAUCAUGGUGCGGCUCCUGCUAGACCGCGGGGCCCAGAUAGAAACAAGGACCAAGGAUGAAUUGACACCUCUCCACUGUGCAGCUCGGAAUGGGCACGUGCGAAUCUCAGAGAUCCUGCUGGACCACGGGGCACCCAUCCAAGCUAAAACCAAGAAUGGCCUGUCUCCAAUUCACAUGGCGGCUCAGGGAGACCACCUUGACUGUGUCCGACUUCUGUUGCAAUACAACGCAGAGAUAGACGACAUCACCCUGGACCACCUGACCCCACUCCACGUGGCAGCCCACUGCGGCCAUCACAGAGUAGCCAAGGUCCUUUUGGAUAAAGGAGCCAAACCAAAUUCCAGAGCCCUGAAUGGCUUUACCCCCUUGCAUAUUGCCUGCAAGAAGAACCACAUCCGUGUCAUGGAGCUGCUGCUGAAGACGGGAGCUUCCAUUGAUGCUGUCACCGAGUCUGGCUUGACACCUCUCCACGUGGCCUCCUUCAUGGGGCACCUGCCCAUCGUGAAGAACCUCUUGCAGCGGGGGGCAUCACCCAACGUCUCCAACGUGAAAGUGGAGACCCCACUGCACAUGGCAGCCAGAGCCGGGCACACAGAAGUGGCCAAAUAUUUGCUCCAGAACAAAGCCAAAGUCAAUGCCAAGGCCAAGGAUGACCAGACCCCACUUCACUGUGCAGCUCGCAUUGGCCACACAAACAUGGUGAAGCUCCUGCUGGAAAAUAAUGCCAAUCCCAACCUGGCCACGACCGCUGGGCACACCCCCCUGCACAUUGCAGCCCGAGAGGGCCAUGUGGAGACGGUCCUGGCCCUCCUGGAAAAGGAAGCGUCCCAGGCAUGCAUGACCAAGAAAGGAUUUACCCCUCUCCAUGUGGCUGCCAAGUAUGGGAAGGUUAGGGUGGCCGAGGUGCUGCUGGAACGGGACGCACAUCCAAAUGCUGCUGGAAAACAGAAUGGCUUGACCCCUCUGCACGUGGCCGUCCAUCACAACCACCUGGACAUCGUCAGGCUGCUGCUUCCCCGGGGCGGUUCCCCACACAGCCCCGCUUGGAAUGGCUACACCCCUCUGCACAUUGCUGCCAAGCAGAACCAGAUUGAGGUGGCCCGCAGCCUGCUGCAGUACGGGGGGUCAGCAAAUGCAGAGUCGGUGCAAGGUGUGACACCCCUUCACCUGGCCGCCCAAGAGGGUCACGCAGAGAUGGUGGCUCUGCUACUUUCGAAACAAGCCAAUGGCAAUCUGGGGAACAAGAGCGGACUCACCCCCCUCCAUCUGGUAGCACAAGAAGGCCACGUUCCAGUGGCAGAUGUGCUGAUCAAACACGGUGUCAUGGUGGAUGCCACCACCCGGAUGGGUUAUACCCCACUCCACGUGGCCAGUCAUUAUGGAAAUAUCAAGCUGGUAAAGUUUCUGCUACAGCACCAGGCAGACGUCAAUGCCAAGACGAAGCAAGGAUACAGUCCCUUGCACCAGGCGGCCCAACAGGGACAUACAGACAUCGUGACACUGCUUCUCAAAAAUGGUGCUUCCCCAAACGAGGUCAGCUCGAAUGGAACCACACCUCUGGCAAUAGCCAAGCGCUUAGGCUACAUCUCUGUAACAGACGUGCUCAAGGUUGUCACGGAUGAAACCAGUUUUGUGUUGGCCAGUGACAAGCACCGGUUGAGUUUCCCUGAGACGGUAGAUGAGAUCCUGGAUGUCUCUGAAGAUGAAGGAACUGCUCAUAUAACUAUCAUGGGGGAAGAACUCGUCUCCAAGGCUGAGAAACAGGAUUCCAGGGAUAUCGAUGAAGAGAAGGAGCUGCUGGAUUUUGUGCCGAAGCUAGACCAAGUGGUGGAAUCUCCAGCCAUCCCGAGGAUCCCAUGUGUCACACCUGAGACAGUGGUGAUUAGAUCUGAGGAGCCAGAACAGGCGUCUAAGGAGUAUGAUGAAGACUCACUCAUCCCCAGCAGCCCGGCCACAGAGACCUCAGACAACAUCAGCCCAGUGGCCAGCCCCGUCCACACAGGGUUUUUGGUGAGCUUCAUGGUGGAUGCCCGGGGAGGCUCCAUGAGGGGGAGCCGUCACAAUGGCCUGAGGGUGGUGAUCCCGCCCCGGACAUGUGCCGCCCCUACUCGUAUCACCUGCCGCCUGGUCAAGCCCCAGAAGCUGAGCACGCCGCCCCCACUGGCCGAGGAGGAGGGCCUUGCCAGCAGGAUCAUCGCGCUGGGACCCGCCGGGGCCCAGUUCUUAAGCCCUGUGAUCGUGGAGAUCCCCCACUUUGCCUCCCAAGGCCGUGGGGACCGUGAACUCGUGGUGCUGCGCAGUGAGAACGGCUCCGUGUGGAAGGAACACAAGAGCCGCUAUGGAGAAAGCUACCUGGAUCAGAUCCUUAAUGGGAUGGACGAAGAGCUGGGGAGUCUGGAGGAGCUGGAGAAGAAGAGGGUCUGCCGCAUCAUCACCACCGACUUCCCCUUGUACUUCGUGAUCAUGUCACGGCUCUGCCAGGACUAUGACACCAUCGGCCCUGAAGGGGGCUUUCUGAAGAGCAAGCUGGUCCCCCUGGUGCAGGCAACGUUCCCAGAAAACGCUGUCACCAAGAGAGUGAAGCUGGCUCUGCAGGCCCAGCCUGUACCAGAUGAGCUUGUCACCAAACUCCUGGGCAACCAGGCCACGUUCAGCCCCAUCGUCACCGUGGAGCCACGCCGCCGGAAGUUCUAUCGCCCCAUUGGCCUUCGGAUCCCACUCCCUCCUUCCUGGACGGACAACCCGAGGGACAGCGGGGAGGGGGACACCACCAGUCUGCGCCUACUCUGCAGUGUCACUGGAGGAACAGACCAAGCCCAGUGGGAAGACAUAACGGGGACGACCAAGCUCGUGUAUGCCAACGAGUGUGCUGCCUUCACCACCAACGUCUCUGCCAGGUUUUGGCUGUCAGACUGUCCUCGCACUGCUGAAGCUGUGAACUUUGCCACCCUGCUGUACAAGGAGCUCACUGCGGUGCCCUACAUGGCCAAGUUCGUCAUUUUUGCCAAGAUGAAUGACCCCCGGGAAGGGCGUCUGCGCUGCUACUGCAUGACAGACGAUAAAGUGGACAAGACCCUGGAGCAGCAUGAGAACUUCAUUGAGGUGGCUCGGAGCAGGGACAUAGAGGUUUUGGAAGGAAUGCCCCUUUUCGCGGAACUCUUUGGGAACCUGGUGCCCGUCAAAAAAGCUGCCCAGCAACGGAGUUUCCUCUUCCAGUCGUUUCGGGAGAACCGUUUGGCCAUACCUGUAAAGGUGAGGGACAGCAGUCGAGAACCAGCAGGGUCCUUGUCAUUUCUGCGCAAGGCGAUGAAGUAUGAGGACACCCAGCACAUUCUCUGUCACCUGAACAUCACCAUGCCCCCCUGUACCAAGGGGAGCGGAGCUGAUGACAGGAAGAGGACGUUGACUCCCCUGGCCCUGAGAUACAGCAUUCUCAGCGAAUCGUCACUGGGUUUUCUCAGUGGGACCGACCGAGCAGAUAUGAAGAUGGCUAUUAUAUCAGAGCACCUUGGCCUCAGCUGGGCGGAGCUGGCUCGGGAGCUUCAGUUCAGCGUGGAAGACAUCAACAGGAUCCGUGUGGAAAACCCCAACUCCUUGCUGGAGCAGAGUGCAGCCUUGUUGAAUCUCUGGGUCACCCGCGAAGGCAAAAACGCAAAGAUGGAUAAUCUGUAUGCAGCCCUGCGCAACAUUGACCGGAGUGAGAUCGUGAACAUGCUGGAGGGCUCGGGCAGACAGAGCCGCAAUCUGAAACCCGACCGGAGACACAGGGACCGGGACUACUCUUCGUCACCCUCCCAGAUGAAUGACCGUCACAGACUGAAUGCUUCUGUGCUUCCUGGCUUCUCUGUGUGGCCCUGUCACCCCUUCAGAGACCCCCCUCCAACAGGUUACUCCUCGCUGCAGGACGAGCUGCUGUCCCCUGCCUCCCUGCAGUACGCACUUCCCUCUCCGCUGCGUGCAGACCAGUACUGGAACGAGGUGGCCGUCAUAGAUGCCAUCCCAUUGGCGGCCACGGAGCAUGACACCAUGCUGGAGAUGUCUGACAUGCAGGUGUGGUCCGCGGGCCUCACACCCUCCCUGGUCACUGCUGAGGACUCCUCUCUGGAGUGCAGCAAGGCCGAGGACUCUGACGCCACCGGCCAUGAGUGGAAGCUGGAAGGGGUGCUCUCCGAGGGACCCCAGGGCCCCAUGCUGGGCUCUCUGGACCUUGUGGAGGAUGACACAGUGGAUUCAGAUGCCACAAAUGGCCUUAUCGAUUUGCUUGACCAGGAAGAAGGUCAGAGGUCAGAAGAGAAGCUGCCAGGUCAUAAGAGUCAGGAGGACUCCACAGGUGUAGGUCAAGACUCAGAGAAUGAAGUGUCUCUUGUUUCAGGCCAGCAGAGGGUGCAAGCCCACAUCACAGAAUCCCCCAGCGUGAGUCGGGUGAUGGAGACCAGCCAGGACAGAUUGCAGGACUGGGAGGAAGAAGGCUCCAUUGUCUCAUACCUACAAGAUGCUGCACAAAGUUCCUGGCAAGAGGAGGUCGUACGUGGCCCACACUCAUUCCAGAGUACGGUCACCACCAUCAAAGAGCUGGAGCCCAGUGGGUCUCAGGAGUAUGAGAAGGUCCUGCUGUCUGCAACUGAGCACAUUUGGGAGGAGCAACCAGAGGCUGAGAGCCUGCAGGCCGACAGGGAACGGAGACGACAAAGCCACCAGGAGUGGGUGCAGGAGGCUCGGAGCACUUUCUCCCAGAUGGCAGAGGGGAAUGAGUUUCAGAGUAUUCCAGGGGAGCAGGUGACAGAGGAACAGUUCACAGAUGAGCAGGGCAACAUUGUCACCAAGAAGAUCAUUCGCAAAGUUGUUCGGCAGAUAGACUCAUCUGGUGUUGAUGACACCCAGGAGCAUGAGGAGGUGAUUGCUGAGGGGCCCCUGGAGGACCCUAGUGAGAUGGAAGCUGAUAUUGAUUACUUUAUGGCACAUGCCAAGGUGGAGCUGAGAGGGAGUAGCCUGCAGCCGGACCUGAUAGAGAGCAGGAAGGGGGCUCAGAUAGUGAAGCGGGCCAGCCUGAAAAGGGGCAAGCAGUGAUCUCUAGCCCUUCCCCUCAAAUGGCCUCUUUGGAGGAUGGUGACCAUGAUGGAGGGGGCCUUUCAUGUUUGUGAAAGGCCAUAUACAUUGUCAAAUGUGCACCCAACCGUGUCUCAAAGUGUCAUCGACAUCCUGCGUCACCAUCAUCCGAGAGGCAGGAUAAAAGGCACAUUCCCAGUCCUGCCCCUGACCUACUGAAUUAAAAUCCUGGAACUCAGGAUUCUGAGUCAAGCUUCUCAAGUAAUUUUUAUGUGUAUGGAAGAAUGAGAUCUGACCAAUUUUGGUUUUCCUUCCAAACCUCCUAGAGGUGAUGCAGCACAGUUGUAGGUAUGAUAUUGAAAAAUGGGCCAAAAGGAAUGAUGGUUUAUAGUUUGUUCAAAGAUAGCAGAACACCCCCAUUCCAGGUGAGACCUGAAUCAACCCCCCUUACCCGUCUGAUUCCUCCCAGUCACUCCCAUCUUGAGAAGGAUUCUGUAUCUAAGGCCUGGCAGGUGGAGGGGGCUGCUUCCUGGAGGUGGGUAAGAAGCCACAGAACUGCUGUGGAGUUAAGGCCUGACUGUGCGUGACAGUAGCAGCUAGUGGGUUUUGCUUUGUGCCCAAGUAUGUAGGUCUAAGAAUUGGGUGUCAGUUGUGCGAGAGCAACAGUGUGGCAUGGGUGGCUGGAAGGCUGUGCGGGGGCAGCCCGUAGCACUCUGGGCUGCCCGCAUCCUGGGCAGGCACCGGGCCUUGGCAUUCCUCUGUGUCUGUGUGGCUCUAGCUUCUGGGACUCUCAGGAAGCUGUGGCACACGGCUGCUGCUUUUUCUUGUUUUCCUUUUUUUUUUUUUUUUAAGUUUAUUCAUUUUGAGAGAGUCAGCAGGGGAGGGGCAGAGAGAAAGGGAGAGAGAGAGAAUCCCAGGCAGGCUCUGCACUGUCAGCACAGAGCCCGAUGCAGGGCUCGAACCCACAAACAGAUCAUGACCAGAGCAGAAAUCAAGAGUCGGAUGCUUCACCGGCUGAGCCACUCAGGCUCCCCUCUUGUCUUCUUUUUUAAGAGACGCUCUCCAUUCAGACACUGUGGUUGCAAGAACUUGUGUUAGCUCUGACAGUGGAGUGUUUUAGGAAGUUUAAAAGUUAAGCAAUUAGUAAUCUCAAUGGCCAAAGGGGCAGGAAGGCAAGGGGUCAUGUUUCAUUUUGCUGUUUAACUUACAGUCCACCCUACUCCCUAGCCAUUGCAGGGGUAUGAGUCUGGGGCUGGGGAAGCUGGAGGGGAGGGCCACAGACACUGGGUAGGGUGGGGGCAGAUGGACUGGGACAGGCACUGAGCAGCACUGUCACUGGGAGUGGGCAGGGGCUGUUUCCUGCGCUCUAGAAGGUGAGACCUUUCCCUCGGGCACCCCUGGAACAAGAGGUGCAGGGUAGUGGAAGGUCCAGGGCAGUCAGGAGACUUGCCUUCCAGUCCUACCGCCUGCCACCACUGGAUACUCCCACUCGCCCCCUCACUGCUCCUCCCGGAGUCUCAGUUUACCCAAAGACGAGACGAGCAUUUGCCAUAGAAUCAUCUCUAAGGCCUCACCUGUCUCCUCUGCUCUGUGUCUGGGCAGAAAAGCGGAAGUGGUAAGCUGUUUUCCCUAGGCUCAAGACUUUAAGAUGUCUCUUGUUUGAGGCAUGCUUAGCACUGGGGUGAUGCUAGGGGACGAACCACUGGGAAGGGUAAGGCCUGGCCUUUAUCCUCAGAGUGUUUCUACCCCAGCCAGGGAGAUGCUGCAGUUGUGACCCAGGAAAGAGCACAAAGACGGCAGCAUUUCCAGAGAGCCUAGUCAGGGUUGACAUCCACAUACACUGUCCCAAGCAUUUUGUAGGUCUUUGAAACAUCACCACAAUCUAAUGAGGUACAUCCUAUUAUUGCCCUCAUUUUAUAGCAGAGGAAACUGAGUCACAGAGAGUGCAAGUAACAUGACCAAGGAAAUUGGCAGAGACAGGAUAUGAACUCAGGCAACCUGGCUGGCUUCAAAGUUCCUGCUCUUAACCACUACACCCUGUGAUCUCUCUGAAUAAAAGGUAGCAGCGGCAGCGGGGAGCUUCCAGAGCUGAGGGGAGAGAAAUGAGAAGGCACUGGAGUUAUCAGGGAGGCUCCCUGGAGGAGAGGUCUUGAAGGCGGUGAGCAGAGCUUCAGCAGAGAGGGAACUGGAUGGCAUCCAUGAGCCUCGAACUAGGCAGGAAGCUGCAGGGCACUGUAGGUUUGGAGGGCUCCGAGGAGACCAGCUUGGCCGACAGGGAAGCCCAGGCAGUGAAGGAAGAGUCUUGCCCUCCAGGGUGACAGUGCUUUUGAGCCACAGCGUUAGAAGGCCUGCUGUUCCGUUUUGUAGCAGCCUCUGGCAUGGAACCUAGCACCACCCUCCAAUCCCUGGAGAACCACUCAGGGUUGAGUUCACCUUGACCGCCUCAAGCUUCCUUCCUAACCACAUCACCUGUAGGGCCCAGGGCAGCUCCCUGUCUGGGGACAGCUCUGCCGCAGAAUGAGUUUCUGCCUCUCUCUGUCACUUCCUACCCUGCCCAGGAGAUGGUCAGCUCCGCCUUAUUUAUGUGUGCUCCUUUUCGCCAUCCAUCCCAAGGUCCCGCAGACAGAAUCCUGAGUGGCCAGUCUUGGAAACACGGAGUUCUCACCCCAGGUUGGAGGAGGAGGCGCCACGGGGUGGCAGGAGUGGUGUCUCCUUGUGAAUCCCGGGCUGCGGAAUUGGGACUUCACUCUGCAGGCAGAGCUGCUGUCCACCACCCUAAGAUACAUGAUAUCCUAGGGAGAACGCACCUGUUUUUUCAAAGAUCUCUUUUGCCGCUGCAGAGCUGGUCCAUCCGAGGGGCAUGGGGAGUAGAGCCAGAGGCACCUGACAGUGAGAGCUUGUAGACUGUCGUCCCUUGGGGCCAUGAGCUCCUGAGGCUCACGUCUGCUCCAUCUCUGGGUCCCCAGGACUGGCACUUACAGACAUCAAUGCGUGUUGGCUGAACUGAAAAAAUGGAGGGCACGGCUCGCUACCCUCUUUAGCAGAAGCCCUGGCUUAUGAAUUUGGCCCCUUUCCUAGAGACAAGGAUCUACUCAUGGGGAUUUCUCCCCAGGCGACUGUGGGCAUGGGAGCCUCCUGCCUCCUCUCUGAGGCACAGAGCACACACACAGGAGGGCUUUCUGGGGAGGUCGCCCACUUGGCAGGGGACCAGGGCAGGCUUGGGCAACCACGCCUAAGAGGCAGCCUCUGGGCUGGGGAGUGGGAGUAGGCAGGCUGGUAUUUCAGGAAGGUCAGGGGCUCUGAGCUCAAUGCCUUUCACCGCAUUGCCUUGCUGGGGGAGGCUGGCCGCUUCUCCUGAAUCUGACCCUGCCUAAGCAGCCAGCACAAUAUUCAGCAUUUGGGGGUUUUGCUGGGAGCUGCAUCUUUACAUUCUAAGUAACUCUUUCUCUCUUUGUGUC